AGUGCGCGGUCACGUACGGUCACGUAGCUGUUUACGGAAACAUUUUACGUCAGCACGUGCUCUGGCUAGGUUUGUGGCGGUGGUCCCGUGUGGAUGUACGUGUGUGCUUGCAUGUUCUCUUCUUUGGAUGCACAGUCGGAGCGUUUACGUGUCCCGUUCAGUCUUGAGAUGGUUUCACGCCGCGGCCCACGGCUCUGAGCGAUGAGAAGGCUCGACUCUAGCACUGGAGAAGAAGGAGGGCAGGGCGACAUUUUGACUAGCUCCAAAACUGUCUAAAAGUAGCGUGAAAUCUAAAUAGCGCUGGGUUUGGAGACGCGCUCAUGAAGUAAGCGGAGUUUUAACGUAAAGAGCGAUGAUUCUGCAGAGACUUCAGCCUGUAGCAUGCAGUGCCGCCUGGCGCACACGGGUGGUGCUGAGGCAGGAGCAGUGCCUGUUCUCCUCUGCCCCCCCACAGCCUGUGCCCCCUCUGGCCCAGACUCUGCAGAGGUACCUCCAGGCCCUUGAGCCUCUGCUGCCCCCUGACGAGCUCGCGCACACCCGCCGCAUGGUACAGGAGUUUGGGCGUCCUGGAGGGCUGGGGUCCCAACUGCAGCAGAGACUGGAGUUCAGAGCGAAACACACCAAGAACUGGAUCACAGACUGGUGGGUGCAAUGCGCAUAUUUGGCGAACAGGGAGCCGUUGGCGGUGCAUUCAAACCCGGCCAUCUCUCUCCCCAGACGAGACUUCAAUGACUGGAGGAGCCAGCUUGUGUUUGCGUCCAAACUCAUUGCAGCUGUUCUGGAUUUCAAAGCCAUGAUUGACAGAGGCGAGUUGCCAUUGGAACACAUGCGUGGCCGUCCUCUCUGUAUGGAGCUGUACCCGCGCAUGUUUUCAUCAUGUCGGGUCCCGGGGCCCAAACAUGACUCGAUUGCUCACUAUGCGACUUAUGGCCGCUCCCGGCGCUCCCCCACACACAUCACUGUGGUCCGCAACUAUCAGUUCUUCCAACUGGAGGUAUAUAACAGCGAUGGUUCAAGGAUGACCGAGUCCCAGAUCCACUCACAGCUGCUCCGGAUUCGAUCUCAGUCCUGGAAAACUGACAAAGAGCCGAUGGGAAUCUUAACCAGCGAGCACCGGCAUACCUGGGGAGCUGCCUACAACCGCCUGCUCAGAGACAAAAUCAACAGAGAAUCAGUGCGGGCGAUUGAGACUGGACUAUUCUCCCUGUGUCUAGACUCACCUGUCAUGAGGAUUUCAGAUGAAAAAUAUGCCAGUCGUAAAGCCGCACAGGUGCUCCAUGGCGGCGGAACUUUCUCAAACAGCGGAAAUCGAUGGUUUGAUAAAACUCUUCAGUUUGUAGUUGGUGAAGAUGGGUCCUGGGGGCUGCUGUAUGAACAGGCCACCGCAGAGGGCCCCCCUGUAGCAACACUGCUGCAUCACAUUCUGGAGUACUGUGAGAGGCCAGACCCAAAGAGAGCUCCUCUGAUCCCACUGCCGAUGCCCAAAAAACUUUAUUUUUACAUCGACCCCGAAAUCAAGAGGGACAUUGAACACGCCAAACAAAAUCUAGACAUACUCAUAAAUGACCUGGACGUGAACGUGUUCAACUUUAAGAGGUUUGGGAAAGAGCUGCCGAAGAGACACAAGAUGAGUCCCAAUGCCUUCAUCCAGGUGGCCUUGCAGCUUGCCUAUUACAGGGUCCACAAUGAGGUGGGUCCAUCCUGUGACAUCGCAUCUCAGAGGAUGUUCAGAGGAGGCAGGACCGAGUACAUCCGAUCUCCAACCAAGGAGGCACUCACUUUUGUACUCGCUUUUGACAACCGCUCUGUGUCGAGAGAAGUAAAGCAGCAGUUGUUCAGAGAAGCAGUUGAGGCCUACGCUGCCCUGACCGAUUUGGCUCUAAAAGGACAUGGCAUAGACCGUCACCUGUUGGGUCUAAAGCUCCAGGCCAUAGAGCAGGGCAUGAGCAUCCCCAAGAUCUUCAUGGACACGGGCUACGGCCUCGCCACACAUUGGAAACUCCGCACCGGACAGGUUCCUGCUAACACCGACAGCGUGAUAUGUUUCGGGCCGCUGGUUCCCGAUGGUUACGCCAUUUGUUACAACCCUCAGGCUGACCAUGUGCACUUCUCCAUCACAGCCUUCAACUGCUGCGAGGAAACCAACGCCGAAACCAUGGCGAUGACUGUCAAAAACACACUAUGCGAUCUGCAGGAGCUACUGGAGCCCACCGUUUGAGAGGGAAUAAAACGCACAUUGUAACGACACUGUCGCACUGUUAAAAUGGGUUGAAUUCAGAGUAAAAUAAUCUUGAAUUUAGUAGUUUUGACUGAUUUACAUUUGGUCCAAUUAGAUUAAUUAAAUCUUAAUGUUUUAAUAACUUAGAGAUCUAAUUCAAGAACCACUGUUUUCUACAUAUAGGAGGGAUGUAACAAUAUAUAAAACAAUAUUGAAAUGUUCAGUCGACAAUGCAAUACUUUUGGCACACUGGAUUUUUUUCCUCAUUCUAAAGAUAUAUUAUAUAGUUUUAAAUUGUUUAUUGCUAUAACAACAGCCCUAUUUUUUAUCAUUCUGAAACCCAUGGAACCUUUCACAGCUACACCUCUUAACUCAGCUAUAGUUGAAGAAAAAAGAGAUAGUGUUUUUGAUUAAAAUGCUAUGUUUAUUGACAAUUACCAUAAAAUAAUAGAAGAUUUUUUUGUUGUUCUGAGACCUAACCAUAUCGAAAUCAAAUAUAUCAGUGUCAUGGCCCAUAUGUUGAGGUAUUUAUCAAUACUGAGAAAGUGUAACCAUUGCAUCCCUACUGUCCAUUCAAGUCCAUGCUUCUAUCGUAGGAGGGAUUAUAACUUCUUAUGGUCCACGUUCUUGGUAGGUCAGUGCCAUCAGAGCAGUGAAAAAUUCCCUAAGAAGUAGACUGGAAAUUGCAAUUAAUAAAUCAGUAAAACUGAUGGAUUACCUACUCUAUGGGUAGGUAAUGCAUAUUGAAAUAAUUUAAUUAAACCAGGUCAAUGUACAUUUUUAUGUUAGACUUAUAAACUAAAUAAGUCAAAACUACUCAAAAAACAUGAUGCAUAUUCUGAAUUUAAGUCAUUUUAACUCAUUGGAUAAUGUGUUUUUGCAGUGUGUACUCAUUCAAAGGUUUCUGCCAUUUUGGAUUUUCACUAGUCACAUUUUGUUCAGUGCCAUUCAAAAUCAGGUGUUUAGAAUUUGGUUACUAAUGUUAAGGUUAAGGUUAAGCUCUCCAUAAGGACAUUUGUCUCCUGUAUUUGACCCAUCCAUCAGUGUGGAGCAGUGCAGCAUAGUGCAGCAUAGUGCACCCAUCUCCAGAUACUGUGCUAAGCUAUUCAUGUGGUCAGUGGAAUAAAAUCAAAACUUAUCAUAUUCAUAAAUUAAUUAUGCAGUCAGUAUGUACAAAAAUCACUGAGAAUUUGUGAAAAAAAUUAUAGGUUCUUGGUGAAAUUCAAUAUCAGCUUAUUAGCCACAAGUGUUGUAUUUGAAAAAAUGAAAUAACUUAAAUGGGCUAUUGAAAUCUGAUCAGAGAUGUUUGGACAAGAUUUGAAAUUAUUUUGAUACUUUUGUAAAGCCAAGCAGCGCGUUGUAUUAAUACUAUUAUUAUAUAAUAGUGGUGCCAUUGUUAAUGAACUUAAGGCUUUGGUUGGACUGAAUCAGGUGCUUCUGACACUCCAGCAUUAUUGUAAAGAAAUAAUGUUUAGGUUUUACAUGAUUUGUGGUGCUUUUGCUAUGAAGUGUUUUGUAUCGGACCAAAUGCUCAAAAACGAAAACUCAAGAAAAUGAAAGCCCAGCUUACCGCACAUUCAGUUACCUGUUACUAAGUUUUCAGUAAUCACUAUCUAGCACACACUCCUUCAAGGCUCUGCUGUAUUCUCCAGUCUUUUAAUUCUGGAUAUAAUGUUUCAUAUUUUCAAUUCAAAUAAGUUUCCUGUUGUAAAUCAAAGCUUUAUUUAUCAACUUUUUUUUUUUAUUUAGACUUAAAAUUAUUCUUACACCAACACUACCACCUAUGGCUAUGAUUAUUCUUUUGGGUUAUUUCAUUUUUGCUGAGUUUCUGGGGUCUAUUAGGCCAUUUUCCUGAGUGUCAUAGUAAUUAUACCAUACUAAAAGCAUGAAUACAGUGGCAUGCUGAUCUUUAAAGUGGGAUUUGAAUCUGAUUUAACCCUAAUACAAAAUUGUGAUUGUGUUGGAUAUGGCCAAACCUUCCCUAUUGACUGGAUAUAAGUUGGGAGUUUUUGUUUUUGUUUUUUGCAUUUUAGGCUACAUCUAAACCUGAUGCAAGCGGUUGUGUAAAGUUAAGACUUUUGUACAAAAAAAAUAAAAGAAUAAAUACAUGUAAUUAAAACGUA